UAUUCCUCUUUGCAUUCACACUGUUCAUAUGCCUAAAAUAAAGCUGGUAUCAACUGAGUUUUUUAAAAAGUCCAUGAGCUUUCCAUUUGAAUUUGUCUAUUUUUUCUCAGCUGCAUCUCAUGAAGAAGAGCUGAGAACUGUAGAUUGAUUUUCUCAGGAUUUUUUAUCUGUUUAGUAUGAAAUACUGCUGGUGGCAUUGUGAGAGCAUCAGCAACUGGCUUCAUUCAUGUCACCCCAGAGAUGACUCUUCAAAUCACCUAUCAAAUCUGGCCUGAAAGAGAACCUUUCAUUUUCUCAUAGGGCACAUUUUUGAAUAGAUGCACAAACAGUUUAAGUGCAAUGACACAUUUCUACCAUCACAAGUAUAUCUGUGAGCCCAUAUUUUUUACCUGAUUAUACUUUACAUAUCUUUAUUUACUUGAAGAAAAAUUGUUGGGACAGAAUAGAGCUAUUCCUUUAUCUCUGGUAAAUGAGAACACCCUGUAGCUUGGUCUGGGUGGUGGGGUUGAGGGGUUCACCCUCCCUCGUCACUGAGAAGUGGCAGAACUCAUCCUCUCCUUUCUGUGACCAGGGGUUUAAAUACUGGCAAGUCCCCACCACUACCCCAUAACAAGUCUUCUGGGAAAAAUCCACAGCUUUCUGUGAGGGACUGAGCUGAGACGAAGCAAAGAGAAAGGACCAAGACUCUAGAAGUACCUGGCGAUUUUGCUCUGAGGUGCAUCCCAGCAUGGCACAUGUGGCAGCUCAAAGAGGCUCUUAUCUUGGCAGCUCACUCUCGCUGUCUUCAAAGUAUGUGGUAAUGGCCCAGGCGUCUGACAGAGCAAAUAACCAACCCCAACUUUUUCCACCUGCACACAAACCUUGGGACAGAGGUGCUCGAAGGAGUCAGCACUGACGAAUGCAAAAAACAUGCUCCUUUUCCUGCAGAUACCUCUGUUUCCUUGGCUCUGCUCUGUUUUUUUUUGAGGUCCUGCCACAUAUAAAGAGGAGCCAGAGCAGUUCUUGGCUCAGUUCUUUCCCCAGGCCUCAGAGGCAGUUGAAGAAGCAAGGUGCUCAAUGCGCUGGGCAGAUCUGCUUGUCCUUCUCCAUGCAGCCCCGUAUCGGCUGGUGGCUUUCCCCUUCGCUGCUCUCUUCCACCACCUCUGUGCUUCGGGGCACCUCUCUCUGACUGCCCGGUACAUAUUCCUCCUCACCGGAGGAUGUCUUCUUGCUGGUACAGCCAUGGGCAGCUACGCCGUGUUGCUCCUCAUCCCUGUUGCUGGUUCCGUGCUCAUUCUCCUCUCCGUCAGCCCAGCCCAUGCCCACACUUGGGUCUUCGCCCUCCAGAUGUUCUGGCAGACACUCUGCCACCUGGGUCUGAGGAGCCAGGAGCUGAAUCCGCAGGAUGCCAGGCCAGCCAUCGCCCUUUCUGCCAUCAUGCUGCUCACCCAGAAGGCAACGUCUCUGGCCCUGGACAUCCAUGAAGGGCUCGUGCCGCUCCAGCUGGGCCAGGGGCUAUUGCAGCGUGCGCUGCCCCUCUGCAGCUACCUGCUCUUUUUCCCAGCCCUCCUCGGAGGUCCUCUGUGCUCCUUCAGCAGGUUUCAGGCCCAGAUCGAGUCCUGCGGUGCUCUCCCCCACCCGCUGAGGGCCGCCGGCCAGCGGUGCCUCGGUGCAGUGGCCCUGCAGGGGCUGCGUGCGGGGCUGGCAGGUGGGCUGGCCAGCAGGCAGGGCUGCGCUGGCCUGGGCUGCCUGCCCCGCGUCUGGGCACAGGCCCUGCUUCUCAGACUGGCCUACUAUGUGCAUUGGGUGCUGGAUGAGGCCCUCCUCGAGACAGCGGGCUUCACACCAGAGGUGGGCCAGGGAGACCUUUCCAUCCACGACCUGUGGACGCUAGAGACCACUCACCGCCUGGCUGUCUUCACCCGGACCUGGAACAAGAGCACGUCCCGCUGGCUGAGGAGACUUGUCUUCCAGCGCUGCCCAGUCCAGCCGCUCUUAGCCACCUUUGCCUUCUCUGCCUGGUGGCAUGGCCUCCGGCCGGGGCAACUCUUUGGUUUCCUGUGCUGGGCUGUCAUGGUGGAGGCUGACUACCGCAUCCAUCCCUUCCUCAGUGCCUGGGCCACCUGCCAGGGUGUGAAGCUCCUCUAUCGUGGCACAACCUGGGUCUUCACGCAGCUCAUAGUUGCCUACAUCCUGGUGGCUGUGGAGACUGAGAGCUUCUCCAUGCUCUGCCUGCUCUGGACUUCCUGCAGCAGCAUCCUUCCCCUCUCCUACAGCCUUGCACUGCUGCUG